AUGGUUGCAGUACAAAAAAUUGACAUAAAUAUGGAAGCAGAAAAGAAACAGAUUUUAUUUACAUUAUUUGAUCCCAUUUGUACUUCUAAUAAACAAGAUGAUGAUGAACAAGCAAUACCUGAUUAUCCAAGUUUACAUAAUGAGUCGGAAAUGACGAUAGAACGAAUACCAUCGAUUGAAAAUUAUCGCUUACCAUUAUAUUCGAGAAAAAACUCAAAUUUACCAUCUCGAGUAACGGUUGUUGAUUUGAUGCACGGCGCUCUAGAACUUACUUUCACCGAAAAGCAAUUGGAAAUGCAAAAUGUUCAAGGAUCAAUGCAUCAUCAUAUAAAUGCAAUCCAAUCAGACAAUUCUGAAUUUUCAUCAUCAAAAUCAAAAAAAAAUUUUUUCCAGGUGAAUACAUUAGGUGGCACAGCGAUUGUCUUACUGUCAGCAUUGGUAUGUAUUGUUACAGCAAUAUCAAUAAGUGGUAUUUGUUCGAACGGUGAAUGUAAGAAAGGUGGUUUAUAUUAUGUGAUAUCAAGAUCAUUGGGUCCAGAAUUUGGUGGAAGUAUUGGAGCAAUUUUUUCAAUUGCAAAUGCAAUGAUGGCAUCAUUAUAUGUUGUAAGUGCAGCAGAAACGAUUGUUGAUUUGAUGAAUGAAAAUGGUUUUAGCACUUUGACUAAUUCCAAAAUCAAUGAUGUUCGUCUUUUUGGUGUCGUAAUUUGUUUGAUUCUGAUGCUAAUAACAUUUGCUGGGCCAAAAAUUGAAGACACAGCUACACUAUUUAUGUUUUCUCUCUACCAUUUAUCAUUUCUUGAUUGGUGCUUUGGAUCAUUAUUGUUAUCACCAAAUGAUGAACAAAAAUUACGUGGAAUGACGGGUUAUAAUAUAGCAACAAUAUCAGAAAAUUUAUAUCCAGCUUGGCGUGAUGAAAAUUUCAUUUCUGUAUAUGCCGUUUUCUUUCCGGGUAUGACCGGACUUAUGGCUGGAUCAAUGUUUAUUAAUGAACUUAAAGAUCAAGCAUAUGACGUACCGGUUGGAAUGUUCUCAGCAAUUGGCGUUUGUAUCUUGUAUAAUUUAAUUUGUAUAUUCAUUCCGGCAGCUACAAUGCUUCGUGAUGUUCCCGGUGAUAUAAUACCGGAAUUUAAUAAUGUAACAUUUAAUUGGGAACCAUUUCCAUGUGCAAUGAAUCAUACAUGCAAUUACGGUUUAAUGAAUUUUUUCCAAGUAGCAAAACUUGAAUCUGCUUGGAGUCCAUUAUUAAUCGCUGGCAUUUUUGCUAUGUCACUUAGCUCUACAAUGACAAAUUUAGACAAUGGUCCACAAAUAUUUCAGGCAAUGUGUAAAGAUGAAUUAUUUCCAUUAUUUCGUUAUUUUUCUAAAGAAUACGAUUUAAAUAUUCCACAACGAGCAUACAUACUCUUUUCCAUUCUUACAAUGUCUGUUAUUCUCAUUGGUGAUCUUAACAUUAUAAAUGGUUUUGUGUCAAAUUUAUUCUUAGCAGCAUAUGCAUCCGUUAAUUAUGCAUGUUUCGAUGCAUCAUUUGCUAAAUCACCUGGUUUUCGACCAUCGUUUCGUUUCUACAAUAUGUGGUUAUCAUUAGUUGGCGCAAGUAUUUGUAUUAUCGUUAUGUUUAUUAUUUCAUGGUCAUUUGCGCUUCUCAUAUUUGCCUUCUUUUUUAUGAUUUUUGUUUAUUUAUCAAAACGACACCUCGAUGUUAAUUGGGGACCGUCAACAGCUGCGGUACGUUAUCGUAUUGCAUUAAAUAUUUUGUUAAAAUUAUCAAAUGAUGUUGAACAUACGAAAAAUUAUCGUCCACAAAUUUUACUUAUAAUUGGUAAUCCAAUAUUUCGACCAUUACUUCUUCAUUUUGCUUCAUGUAUUACAAAAGGUGAAAGUUUGCUAAUUGCUGGACAUAUCAUUCAGCAUGAGCGAAAUGAAUAUACAUUUCAUCUAAUUCAUCAAUUGGAUAAAGAAAUCACUGAUUGGUUCAAUAGUAACAAAUUGAAAGCAUUUUAUUUACCAUUUUUGAAUUGCAAUAUGCGAAUCGGCGCUCAAUGUCUUUUGCAACUUGCUGGUAUUGGACGUUUACGCCCAAAUAUUGUUAUGCUUGGUUUUCGAAAUAAAUGGUUUGAAAAUGGAAAAGAUGGUUUAUCAGAAAUUGAAAAUUAUGUUGGUAUUAUUAGAGAUGCAUUUGAGAAUAAUUUUGCUGUUGGAAUUUUAUCAAAUAGUACGAAUGGUUUUGAUACUCGAGAAAUGCGUGCUGAUUUAAAUCUUACUAAUAUUUCAUCAAUAAAAUCACCUUCAUUCAAACAACAUUCGCAUCAUCCCAUGAAAAAAUUAUUUUACAAAUGCAAUGAACUGGGUAAAAGAAAGUUGUCACAUAAUUUGUGUUCAACACCAUCUCGAUUAUCAUCUGUAUGUUAUAGUGUGGAUAAUUCAGCUGAAAUUUCUACUAAUCAGGAAAAAGUGAACAUAUUUCAUCAACGGAUCAGAAAAGGCCGAAUAGAUGUAUGGUGGCUUUAUGAUGAUGGUGGAUUAACAUUACUCAUACCACAUCUUCUACGUUUACCUAAAAGUUAUCUUGAGGAUGCUGAACUUUACAUAUUUACGUUUACAACUUGCGCAAAAACUGAUAAAAAAAAAUUAGCUUCUUUAUUAAGCAAAUUUCGUAUUCCAUUUACAGACGUACGUGUAAUUACAGAUAUUACCUCAGAACCACGUCCUGUCAUGUUAAAUCAUUUUGAAGCAAUCAUAGCAUCAAUGAGAGUUACCGAUAGUGACAAGCGAAAUGGGUUAAUUUCGGAUUGCGAAUUAGCAGCACAAAAAAUGCGUACAAAUCGGCAAUUGUAUAUUAGAGAACUUUUACAGCAUCAUUCACGUCAAGCUGACCUUAUUGUCAUAACAUUACCGGUACCACGUUUGGAAAUUAGUAGCAGCUUAUAUAUGGCGUGGUUAGAUUUAAUCACACGUGAUCUACCACCUGUUUUAAUGAUACGUGGGAAUCAGACACCUGUUUUAACAUUUUAUGCAUGA